AUGACAUAUCGACUUAGCACUCAAGUGAAGCCUUUGAUAUGGAUGGAAGCUCAGAUUGAAAGGCAUUCAAGAAGCCGAAUGGAAACUAUGGUAAAAGUUAGGAGUCAAUUCAAGGAGUCACCAGUUAACCGAUCACCCCCUCCUGCCCCUGUUCAGUCUAGUGGCGGUGGAUCGAUUUUUGGAGGCAUUGGUUCAACCAUAGCUCAAGGAAUGACUUUUGGUACUGGAAGUGUUGUGGCUCACAGAGCUGUGGAUUCUAUUAUGGGUCCCCACACAAUUCAACAUGAGACUGUUGGUGCUGCUGUUCCAGAUGACUUUGCUACAAACACCUUUGUCUCUGAUGCUUGUGGCAUGCACUCCAAGGCAUUCACAGAUGUAUUUUUGGAUGUUGUGGAGAGUGUGAAUAUGCUUGUCAACAGUAAUGGGCAAAUAGUUAGAUCAGAAGUCGUUGGUGCAUUGAAGAUGCGAACUUAUUUGAGGUCAAACUAA